GGUCUCUGGUCGAGCGUAGGGACGCACGUGGGCUGCACGCGCACGCGCGUGUUGCAAUUUGCGCGUGCGCGUGCCACUGGUGCUGUCGUGAACAUAUGAAGCUGCCUGCGUGUGCCGUUUAGAACUUGGGUAUAUUUUAAUGAACAUUUUUUUGUUGCCGCACCAGGCUCUUCACCGACAUUUAAAACGGUUUUUUUUUUCUCCCAGAGCAGCGCGGUGGAAUUCUGCGUGCCGUAACAUGUGGCUGAAGAUGUGGAGCGUCCUACCGUUGAUGCUCGCGCUCACGCUCACCACGGCCGAGCUGACCGGCUGGGACAGCCUCCUGCGGCAAGCCAAGCUGCGGCGGCGGCAGGCGGCGGCGGAGCCCGCGACCGCCGCCUCGCCCGGCGAUGCGCCCUCCGGGGACGAGCGCGCGGAUCGACUCGCCGAGAGGUUCGCCGCGAACGUCCGGCGGCUGCGGGACGCCGGGCGCGGCCUGCAGCUCGUCUUCCUGCUGGACGAGUCGUCCGGCGUGAGCGCCGCGGACCUCGCCGGCGAGCUGCGGCGCGUCCAGAAGCUGCUGGCGGAUGUCUCCGCGGCGACCUCCGCCGCCCGAGUGGCCGUGGUGACCUUCUCGUCCAGGGUCGACGCUGCGCCGCUCGUGGAUCUCGUCUCGCCCGCGCGCUGCCAGCGGCACGAGUGCCCCCGGGCGCACGCCGAGGUCCCCGGCGGCGGCGGCGGCACGCGCACCGAGGGUGCCCUCUUGCAGGCGGCGGAAAUCCUGCGGCACUCGGGCGAGAACUCGACGGCGGCGGUUUUCUUGGUGAGCGACGGGCACUGGGCGGGCGGCGGAGACCCGCGGGGCGCGGCGGCGGCGCUGCGCGACCGCGGGGCCGAGCUCUUCACCGUCGGCGUCAGGAGCGGGAACGUCCGCGGGCUCGGCGAGAUGGCCUCGGCACCCGCCAGCGAACACUGCUACCUCUUGGACGACUUCGAGGAGUUCGAGGCGCUGGCUUACAGAGCCCUGCACAACGCCUUUGCAGAUGUGGAGUGCCCGCUACCAGGACCAAUCUCGAACGGAGCAGUGGAGGCAACCGACUUCAGGAAUGGCAGCUCCAUCUCCUUUAGGUGUCACGAGGGCUACACGCUCAUCGGUGGCCCGACUGUCACGUGCAUCUCCCACGGCGAGUGGAGCCAGAAGCUUCCGUCAUGCGAGCCCAUCUCCUGCGGCGCCCCGGAUGAAAUCACCAACGGGGUGAUCACGGAAAACGGAAUAACGUAUCUGUCUACCGCAACAUACGUGUGCACCACGGGCUACAGACUGCGCGGGCCCUACAUGCGGACGUGCCAGGCGUCGGGCCAGUGGAGCGGCGAGCCCCCAGAGUGCGAGGUGAUCUCGUGUGGGGAGCCGCCCCGACUCAGCCACGCCAUCGUCAAGGGGGAGGGCUUCACGUUCGGCAACGACGUGACCUACGUCUGCAGCGACGGAUACAACCUCGUGGGAACUGCCAAGAUGGCGUGCCUAGGCUCUGGCAUGUGGACGCUCAGCAAUGCGCGCUGCACCCCGCUGUCGUGCGGCGCGCCACCCCGCAUCGAGAAAGCCGUAGCCAAGGGGGACAGCUACCUGUUUGCGAGCACUCUGCUUUACGUGUGCGCCGAUGGCUACAAGUUGGAGGGGCACAAGGAGAUUGUCUGCAACGUGCACGGGAAGUGGGCUCCGACCGUCGGAGAGGACUUUCCGCAGUGCGUCUCUCAGUACUGCGGCAGGCCACCUGCGGUCAUCUUCAGCACCAUGGACAGCCCGAACGCGGACAACUUCACCGUGGGAUUUACGGUCAGCUACAAGUGCCAGGAAGGUUACCAGCUGAACGGGGACGGUAAGGUCACCUGCCAAAGCGGGGGUCGUUGGCUCUCUCCGAUACAUUCGAUCCGAUGCAUUCCCGUGGACUGCGGAGAGCCGGCCACGAUUGACAGAGGCUACGUCAGCGGCAACAACUACAGCUUCGGGGCGGUGAUCGCUUACAGCUGUGAGCGGGGCUAUUACAUCAAGGGGGAGAAAAAGCGGACAUGCCAGUCGACGGGAGAGUGGAGCGGCAAGCUCCCCAGCUGCCAGCCCGUGUCCUGCGGGGAGAUCCCUCAGAUUGACAAUGGGCGAGCGGAGGCCCCCAACGGGACGGUGUUCGAGAGCGUGGUGCGCUACCUCUGCGACAAGGGCUACCGCCUGCAUGGCAGCAGCACGCGGAGCUGCCAGGCCAACCGCCAGUGGUCCGCCGAGUCGCCCGCUUCGUGCGUCGAAAUGCAGUGCAAGUCGCCGCCCGUGCUGGAGAACGGCGUCGUCAGCUCGAUCGUCGCCGCCGGCAAGGUCAAGCGGCACGCCACCCACAGGGGUCGCGCCGCCAAGGACGACGCCGCCGCCGCCGCUGCGGCCAAGGGUCACGUGAUGAGUCCGGGUUUCCAGUUGGAAUUCAAGUGCAAGGAGGGCUUCCAGCUCUCUGGGGACUCCGUGUGGACCUGCAGCGCCGACGGACUGUGGAACACCGGCGUGGUGCCCACGUGCAGCCCGGUGCGCUGCCCGACGCCUCCUCCGCAGGGAAUCUUGCUUUCAUCCGGCAACUCGUACAGCUUCAACAGCCUCCUGUUCAUGAGCUGCGUCGAAGGCUACAAGCUGGUCGGGUCCGCAAUCCUGCAGUGCACCGCCUCGAGAACGUGGAGCAACGCUUUCCCCAAAUGCAUUCCCAUCAACUGCACCGCCCCGCCGGAGCUCCCGUUCGGGUCGGUGUCCGGCCUCGACUACUCGCUGGGGAAGAGCAUCAACUUUUCCUGCUUGCAGGGAUUUCACUUGAGAGGGAAAUCCUCGCUCGCUUGCCUCCCGAGCGGACGGUGGAGCUCCGACGUUCCCGAGUGCGUGUCGGUGGAGUGCCCCCACCCGGAGACGAUCGCCAACGGAAUCGUGGACAACCAGGGGCUGACGUACCUCAGCCGAGCCUUCUACACGUGCAAGCCGGGCUACAGGUUGUCCGGCACGCCCACCAUGCAGUGCGGGGAAGAGGGCCGGUGGAUAGGCGCGGUGCCGACGUGCGAACCGGUCACGUGCCUCCCUCCGAAGGCCAUCCCCAACGGCAGACUGACCGCGACAGGCACGAGCGUGGGCGACAGGGUGACGUUCGGCUGCGAACGCGGCUACAGGCUGGAGGGGGAGAGCAGCGUCGGCUGCGUCCACACGGGCCGGUGGAGCGCGCCGUUUCCCUCCUGCGUCCACAUCACGUGCGGCCCCCCGCAGCCCCUGGAGAACGGAUUCGUGGAAGGGAACGAUUACACGUUCGGUAGCCUCAUCAUCUACAGCUGCUUUCCCGGCUUCCAGCUGCUGGGCAACGGGCUCCAAACGUGCGAGGAGGGCGGCUGGGGCGACAGGGCCCCCGCGUGCGUCCAGAUGGACUGCGGCCCGCCGCCGCACAUCGACUUCGGGGAAUACGCGAAGAUCCACGCGGAUGAGAAACAGAACCACGGCGAAGAGGUGGGGGACGCGGUGGCCCCCAGAGACGAGGAACACGCAGGGGCGCUGAUUUCCCUUUAUUUCGAUUUGCCCCCGGCAAACGAGAAGGGGGGAAAGCUGACGCCGACCGCACCCCCUGCGGAGCACAAGACCGGCAAGAACCACGGCUACCAAAGCGAUGGCAUGGCCUCGUUUGAACGCCGCGAUCCACGGUCACCCUUAAACCGCGGAGACAAAAGGGAAAUACGGAUGCUUUUGGAUUUCCUGAAGUCGAUCGCGCCGAAAAAAAGACAACGGCGAUUCCCACCUCGGCCGAUGUCUGAAUAUCUGUACGGAACGCUUAUUCGGUAUCACUGUUUGACCGGGUUCGAUAUGGAGGGGCCGUCCGUGUUGAUAUGCCAAGAAGACGGCACGUGGAAUGGCACCGCUCCCAAGUGCCACGCGAUCCAAUGCGAGGAGCCGCGGCCGCCGGAAAACGGCGUCGUGGAUUUCCACAGCCGCGGGUUCGAGAGCGUGGCGAGCUACCGCUGCGACGUGGGGUACACGAUGGUGGGGCGGCCCUCCAGGUCGUGCACCACGAGCCGCACGUGGGACGCCGCGCCGCCCGUCUGCGUGCCCGUCGCCUGCGGGGCCCCGGAAGUCAUCGCUCACGGCGGCGCCGUGCCCGGCGAUGACGCCACGCACGGCGGCACGGUCCGGUACGGCGGCACGGUCCGGUACGCGUGCGCGCCCGGCUACUCGCUCGUCGGCCGACGGGAGCUCGUCUGCCAAGCCAACGGGACGUGGUCGGCCGAGAAGCCCAAGUGUUUGCCGCAGGAAUGCAGGCCUCCCGCGGCGCCGUCGAACGGCCGGAUCGUCGGCAGGGAUCACACGUUCCAGAGCGAGGUCCGGUACGCAUGCAACGCGGGGUACACGUUGAUUGGGAAGCCCGUGCGCACGUGUCUGUUCGACGGCAGGUGGAGCAACAAACCUCCCGUGUGCAAGCCGGUGUCCUGCCAAGCGCCCCGACCGAUCGCAAAUGGGACAAUCGAAGGCUCCGAAUAUACGUUCGGGAAAGUCGUGCACUACCGCUGCCUGGUCGGGUUUUCCCUGCGAGGCGUCUCGAGCAGGCUGUGCGAGUCGAGCGGCUCAUGGAGCAAUGGCAGCCCGUCGUGCGAGCGGGUGACGUGCGGGCCGCCGCCGGACGUCGCCCAGGGCUACCUCAUCGACUCCAGCUUCGACUACGGUGACGCCAUCGAGUACGUCUGCUUCUCGGGCUACGAGCUGCGGGGCGACCGACACCGGCGGUGCCUCUCCAACGGCUCGUGGAGCGCCGACAGCCCGCGGUGCGAGCCCCUCCUCUGCGGCGCGCCACCCGAGCCGGAGAACGGCGAGGCGGAGGCCUCCGAGCGCACGUACGGCAGCGUCGUCGCGUUCCGCUGCCGCGGCGGCUUCGAGAUGACGGGCCCGGGGCGCGCCGUGUGCGAGGCGGACGGCAGCUGGAGUUCCGAGGCGCCCACGACGUGCCGCCGGAGGUCCUGCGGGAGCCCGCCGGAGCUCGCACGAGCCGCGCUCCGAGGAGGCGGCGGCGGUGGCGGGCAGCGCCGCACCGGGGAGAGCGUCGCGUACGAGUGCCGGCCGGGCUUUGCGCUCGUCGGAGACGCGACGCUGGCGUGCGACGACGCGGGCCGCUGGGGCGAGUUGCGCGCUCGCUGCGUCCCCCUGACCUGCGGCCCGCCGCCCCCGUCGCCCAGAGCUGAGAUCGUCGCGGCCUCCAACGAGUACGACGGGAAGGCGUACUACAGAUGCGCCAAAGGCUUUCGUCUGGCGGAGGACGUGGACUGGCGCACGUGCCUGAGCAACGGCUCGUGGAGUGCCAACCCCAUCACCUGCGCCCUGCGCUCGUGCGGACCGCCCCCCCGACCCCCCCACGCGCUCGUCCGGGGCGACGCGUUCACCGUCAACAGCUCGGUGCGCAUCGGCUGCCGCGAGGGCUACCGCCUCGCCGCCGGAGAAGGGGUCUCCACGUGCCGGGAUGAUGGAGUUUGGUCUCCGCCUCUGUCAGGAAUUUCCUGCGAACCUGUGAGCUGCGGGAGACCAAAUGUCCCCGCUCACGGCUCGGCGGACGGGCCCGGGCUUACGUUUGGCAGUGUGGUCACCUUCUCGUGCCGCCAAGGAUACGCGUUGGAGGGCCCAGCUCAGCUCUCCUGCCUGAGCAACGGCUCCUGGAGCGCAGGCAGCCCCGCGUGCGUGGCCGCGUCCUGCCCACCGCCCUCCGCGCCUCCCCACGGCUUCAUCGUGGCAGCCUCCUACUCCCUGGGAGGCGUCGUCCGCUACGAGUGCGACGCCGGCUACGUCCUGCAUGGCGCCCGCAAUCGAAGUUGCUUGCCCAGCCAGGAGUGGAGUGGCACACCGCCCGCCUGCGUUGAACAGUCCUGUGAACCCCCUCGGCCGAUCACCAACGGCAGAUCGGUCCGGGUCGGGCGCGGCGAUGCUGGCGCGCACGCGGCAAAUGCUCGAUCCAGCUUCGUGGCCGGCAGCGCGGUUGAGUUUGUGUGCGACGAGGGAUAUCGGCUGGAGGGGUCCAAGCGGAGCUCUUGCACCGGGACCGGUGAAUGGAGCGUCGCUCAACCGGCGUGCGUCAGAGUCUACUGUGGAACCCCGGUGCCAGUGAUGAAUGCCAUAAUGCGUGGCAUGUACUAUCAAUACGGGGACAUGAUUACCUACUCGUGCUACAGCGGCUACAUGCUGGACGGGCCAAGCCGCAGCUUCUGCCUGCAAAAUUCAACCUGGAGCCUGCAGCCUUCUUGCAAAGCUGUUUGCAGGUUCCCCUGCCAGAAUGGAGGAUUGUGCCUGAGGCCCAAUUCGUGUUUCUGUGCCGAGGGCUGGAUGGGGCUACUCUGUGAGGAACCGAUCUGCAUCCUGCCGUGCCUGAACGGAGGACGGUGCAAGGCACCCUACCAGUGCGAGUGUCCGGACGGCUGGCAGGGCUCGCGUUGCCACCUCGCAGCUGUGUGUCGAAAGCCUUGUCUGCACGGCGGCAAGUGUGUCGGCCCCAGUCGGUGCCAGUGUCUGCCAAGCUGGAGUGGGCAAGAUUGUUCUAGACGGAAGAAGGCGGGCUAUUACAAAUUUUAAGAAGAAAUUUGUCAACGGAAGAAUCCGCAGUUUUCACAAGAGAUCUGAAUGUAUACUAUGGCUUUCCAUAGAUUGUUGCUUAAUACUAUAAUAUAACAGUACUACUAUUGAACAUCAAUGUUUUCGGUCAUAGUAGUGAACGCAGCCAUGAUUCUUGCAAAAAAAGGACAGGGAGUUAAGGUGACAUUGCCCUUCUUAUGCUGUAACUUUUUUUUCAUCCAACACAUAUUACGAUUCUAUCAGAAAGCGGCUGUUUGACUCAAUUUGCACGGCAAAUUAUUUUUAGUCAAAAGGUCGUUGUGACUGCUCAGAUUCUAAUUGAAACGCGCCACUGCAGGAGGGAGCGUUUUUUUUCUCUCCCUUCAUAUUUACAACUCCGCGUUCGGAGUGGCGCUUUGCCGUAAUGACAAAGUGGUCUGCGUGUGUUGUCGGAUUUUUCCAACAAUUAAUAGAUUGCCGUAGCUCGAGGCUCUGCUGAUAGGUCGAUACCCACGCGGAAACACCUCGGUCACACCAAGGCGGUGUGAUCAUUUGCACGUCUUUCUUUGUCCCCCAAAGGAUAACAUUGCGACGUCGAGCGUAACACAAUCACCGGGUUUUCCAUUCACUUGGUUUUUUUUCUCUAAAGUACACUAAGCGUUAGUUUACUCUGUCUCGAGAAGGAUUUUCAAAUUAUACGAGAUGAAUAAUAGUGAUGAUAAAAAUCCAGCAACAUUUCUUUUUGUAAAAUCUGCCACACUCAAGAGCAGGACUCACAUGAUGAUGUGGUUUAAGUGUUAUCCAUAACAGAGGUUUUUGGGGUAGAUCGUGAUCUAACCCAAAAACCUCUUAUGGAUAAUAUUGGUUGCGAAAGCUUACAUGUUAAACUGAUAUAAAUGCUCACGGUACGACAGCAUUUUCAUUUUUGCGAAAUGGUGACAAUUUUGAUAUCAGUUUAAAAUAACUUUGUAAUUAGCAAUCUAUUACAUUAUGUGCUGUGCUGCACAUCCAGUGAGAAUACGUAGUCAACAUUUUUUUCAACCACAGUUCACUAAACAUAUGCUUGCCAUAAGUCUUCUAUUCAUUGCAACUUUACAACAAAUAAAGCUGACAAUGCACAUGCCGGCAGUUACGUAACUACAAAAGUAAUGACUUGAUAUAACAACCAUGCCGUCAAUUACUCCAGAAAAGUUUUGCAAAGCAGUAAUUUUAAAGGCAAUAGGUAUCUAUUUGGAAGUUUAAUUAUCAUGCUUUUUCUGUCAUACAUAUUGUCAGCAAAUAAAGUCCUUAAAAAUGUAAAUUAGGAACAAUAAUUACGAUUAUGAUGUUUAGUAAAACAGACGGUAUGAUUAUCCUGGAUCUGAUAUUUUACGGUAUUUCCGGAUUACAGCAACCCUCAUAAUUACACCACCUUAACUUUUUUUCUCAAAUGCUUUCAGGAUGCAGUGAGAUGAGACAGAAGCAGAAAUAUAUAUUUUUUAUUUAUAUAAGUGGGGUAAAUUGUCCUACUUUUAAUUGGAAACCUAAUGACCGGUAGUGCUAAUGGUUUACUUUUGUAUCGAGUCUCAGUGUUUGCAAUUGUUAUUUGCUGCGUGUCCAUUUAUUAUGUUGUUUGCUCUCUCACACAAGUCAAGAUCUGACCCCUGAGGCGGCACCGCUGAGGUCAUGGGUUUGAAUCUGGGCAGGCACCCAUGAUGAAACCAGUGCUCGCCAAGCUGCAUUGGCUUGCGGUUGCCGAACGAAUCCAUUGUAAGGCCGCACUCAUUACACACAAAGUGCUUGCCACUAAUCAACAACAACAACACCUUGCUGAUCUCCUCUAGAAGCAUAAACUAUCACGUGAUCUUUUGGCUAACCAUUGGACAAAGACGGUCACCGCAUCGUGCGCUUUUAGAUGCGCUUCUGCCGUCACCUGGAACGCUCUUCCGUCCAAUAUUAGCCACUGGAGCUUUGCACGUUUAAAUCAUCUCGAUUGGACACUAAUCUCUUUAAAACUCCUUUCUGUGUUUAGUUUGUUGUCCUUCCCCCGCACCUCCGAUUAGCACGGUUGGCUACGUAUAGUGUGAAAGAAGUUCAACAUACGUAGGUUUCCAUGAGGAAUGAGUUGAUGGUCUGAGCCCAGCCACCCAAGGCUGCAUUUAAAAACCACAGCGUUAUCACUUUCACCUGAUUUGGUUACAAUUCCUGCAGCAGCAAGGCAUCUGGGAAAGUGUGCCACCUCGUGUGUGCACUACAAAGGUCAAUUGAAGGGAAUAUAAAUUCCACGGGCCCAAUGUCUCAAACACCGCGUCCCUGCUGUGUGUCAGUCGGGAAUAGACGCUUCGGCUUGUGAUGUCCGAUGGCACAAUGGGAAAAAAAACUUGUGUUAAUGAGACAAAAAAAAGACUUGUCCAAUAGUAGCAACAUUAUUUUAAAACUUGUUUUGCAUUCAUGUAUACGAUUAUGCUCAUGGUUAAAUGUGAAUUAUCCUUCAUUGCAAUGACUAUCCGUAACCAGUUGUAAUUUGGUGGUGGUUGGUUGGCGUUUCAGGCCUUUGGACCUGUGCUUAGCAACCAUUAUUGACGAAACUAAACAUACAACUAUUUGCAUCCAUUCAAAAAACGUUCCCGUUGUUUCAACUGCCGUGCCAGGAGACUGAACUGGUGACCUCUGGAUUGCAAGUCCAUUGUGCGAACCAUUACACCAUUGUAGCAGCUUUUCUGAAUUAUUGCCCACUCCAUAUUGGUCUUCUUUUUUAAAGGCAUAUAACAAAUUACAUGGAUCGUAUUACAGAAACCCUGACUACAAUUGCCAUUUCAUCUAUUUGAUCGCGUAUAUUUGCUGAAAACCUCUCAGGCUUGAGGGCCAACAACGUUAUAGUAAAUAUGAAUAGCUGCUCUGGCCACUGCAUCUAAUUAAUGUAUAUGACUUGCAAUACAGGCCCCUUUUCACACAUUGUCAGACAGGCUUAUGCCUAUGCCGGAAUCGGAGCUCUCCGUUGUGUUUUAUGGAUCGCAAUGCGUGCUGUUCGGCACGAUAUCCGACGUUUUGCUCCAAGGGCUGUUCACGAAACAAAUCAAUUCCUGAAGAUGCUCCCAGCACACGAAUCUAAACGUUGGACAAACGCGCCGAAAAGCACGCAGGACAACAUAUUGCAAAUGUAUACAGCACAACCGCAAAAACCUACCCAGUAAGAGCCACAGCAUUCAUAUAACAAUAAUUAUUGUUUGUGGUUCAUUAUACAGAGGUCUGCGAUGUGCAGUGUCGUUGUGGUAUAUUUGAGCCCAUUGGUUGUGUAAUCUCAAAGGCUGCACAAUAAUCUCCAUCCUGUAUUGUAUCAAGCAGAGUUUAAAUGUAUACUGUAUUAUAUGAACUUAGCUUGAACGGUGUUUAAACUUGCAUAUGUUGACAUUGGUUUUUUUGUUCAUACAAUAAACAAGUACUGUAUACUUUCUUCCAUGGCAGAUUAUUACUGAACUUUGUACGAUUAAAUAACGUUUAAAAUU